CUAGCCUAGCCGGCUAACUUGGCUAAUCUGAUUUAUCGUCUCGGCUAAGCGCACGUAAAGCUAGCCAGGAUUACCAAAUUUAGUUUUCCAUAUCUGGCGUUUAACGCAAUAUCUACCUGACGUCAAAAAAGCCACUAAUUCUCCAGGAUGGCGUCUCUCGGGGAGCCAGUGCGGCUGGAAAGAGAUAUUAACCGUGCUGUUGAACUGCUCGAUAAGCUCCAGAGGACAGGGGAAGUGCCUCCCCAGAAGCUGCAGGCGCUGCAGAGGGUCUUACAGAGUGAAUUCUGUAACGCUGUCAGAGAAGUUUAUGAACAUGUGUAUGAAACAGUGGACAUCAACAGCAGUCCUGAAGUCAGGGCCAACGCCACAGCUAAGGCUACUGUGGCAGCUUUUGCAGCGAGUGAGGGACACUCGCAUCCACGUGUCGUGGAACUGCCCAAGACGGAGGAAGGCCUGGGUUUCAAUAUAAUGGGUGGAAAAGAGCAAAACUCACCUAUAUACAUCUCACGGAUCAUCCCAGGAGGCAUCGCUGACCGACAUGGAGGCCUAAAGCGAGGCGACCAGCUUCUCUCGGUUAAUGGAGUGAGCGUGGAAGGUGAGCACCAUGAGAAAGCUGUGGAACUCCUCAAAGCAGCUCAGGGCACAGUGAAGCUGGUCGUAAGGUACACACCCAAAGUCCUGGAGGAAAUGGAGUCGCGCUUUGAGAAAAUGAGGUCGGCGAAGCGUCGGCAACAGAACAACUAUCCCCAGUAGGAUUUUUCCGUCAUGAUGCCCAGCUCCCAUGUCUCUCCUGCUCUAGCCUUCUGGCCAUUUGUCCUGGUCUCUUUCUUAUCUCCCUGCCCCCAAAAAAAUAACAUAACAAAACAUACUACAAGUUUAGUUUUAGUUCCUACUCACACAUACUGUAUAUUGUGCUUCUACCCUUUUCUGUAGCAUUUUUAAUAUCUGCCAUUGUUACACUGGACACUACAACUCUAGACAAACACUAGAAUGAACAUGAUUGUCAGUGUAGGUGGUCACUCACACGUGUGCAUUAUUUUUGAAUUGACAAUUUGAAUGCAACCAACUACACAAUUCCUUUGACUGGAAAGGUAGUGUUUUUAAUUCUUUUAUCACAGCCACUACCAAGUGCCUCAGGGCAAACACGUUUAUCUUAUGUACUGUGUUCACCGUUCUUUCUUUUUAAUGGUUUAAAGUCAGGUAUUGGUAAUGAUAUGCUUGUGGCAGGAGUUACUACAUGCUUUUCAUCUGUUAUUCUCAACAAUCAUUUUAUGUUAUAGAAGUACACGCUAAACAUAUGUAACACCUUUAAUUGUGCAAACUUCAAAAAAAAAAGAAAGAUGCAGUUUAAUUUGUAUUGCCGCACUACAAGCUUUGGGGGAGUUGAAUUUGUUAAGAAGGGAUAGUUUAUAUGUUUGACGAUAAGGGAAACCACUGAAAGGACACUUCAAAACAAAAGUGAUGGAUUAUACUGGUAUUUAAGGGUUUUCUCUGGGCUUACCCUUUUAGGUUUUCUAACGUCAUACCACACUAUAAAAAGCCCAGCAGGUACUGUAACUGAUGUAAUGGGGUCUCAGCAACUUUUGAACUAAAUUCCUGCCACCACCGAGACUUUUAUUUAAAGUAAUUAAUGAGAAACAUAACUCUUGCAAGUCAGCAUGACAUGAAACCUGUUCAGCUUCUGAUUCAUUUGUCUUGACGUAAAUCAGGAAUGUUCUGUAUGUCAUGAUUUUUCCUCUUCCAGGCACAAUGCUUGAGAUGAAUGAGAAUGAGAAGUCAGUUACUUAACAUUUGUCUUUGAUCUUUGCUAAAAACAGCCUGUGAGCAUUGUUUGCGUCAUUCAGUGAAAAGUUCAAAAUGAGGGAAAAACAAGACACUCUUGAUAACGAGCAAUCUGAUAAUAAGAAACAAUCCACGUCACAAUAAUGCCUAAUGUGAGCUUUCAUCAUUGUUUUGAUGAAUGAAAUGGCAGAUGUUGAUUCACACAUAUUGUAUUUGGCUACUACGUAUUCAUCAAGACUUUACACAGUGUUUAGAGGAUUAUGCCCUAAAUCUGUUGCAUUGGCACAUCUUUCACUGUUAGUUUCCUGUCCGUUUUUAACAUUUUAAUAAUGAAUGUCUUGCAGAACAACUUCAUUUGAACAUUUUGAUCCUGGUAAUCUCUGACGUCUUUUAAAGGACUUGGAUUAAAGAUCUAAGAUGACACAGGUGCUGGGAUAAGAUGUAUAGAAGAAUGUCUUGAAAUUUAAACAACCAUUUACUUUAAGGAUGCUCGUACUUGGUGCAAAGACAUGGGUAUGCACACACACAUUUCAAUAAUGUAAUUAGUCCAGACUUCUUCAGUGUGUCACUACAGAUAUAUUUCUUCUUCUUUUAUCUUCACUAACAAUAAUCUUUGCUCCAUUAAAGCCAAACAUUUAGUGGCACCCAUUUACUCUGUAUGUAAUGUACAAACUGCAUAUCAUGUUAAAAUAAGAAUGAUGACAAACAUUUUAUUACUAAAUACUGCCAAAAAGUCAAGUUUGUUCUGAUAUGAGGUUUUAAGCAGGCUAAUGUCAUACAGUGUCAAAAACACCCGAUAUACUGUAUAUGUAGGCUCUCCUACUACGUUUACAUAUACAACACUUAUAAACAAAGUCUUUUUAUAGAUUUAAAGUGUUUGCAGAAUGCAUGUUUAACUAUCAUAUUAAUAUUCCUCAUAUCAGGAGAAAACGUCUUAUGCUGUGGAAUAUUGAAGCUUAAGAAAAACUGAUUAAGAAGCCCAAAAUCCAACCCUUAUGCCUACAUGCAACGUGUCAAUCAAACAAGUUUGCAAGUCAUGCUUUUCUUUCACAUACUUUUAUUAGUCAAUAUAAAACAACAAAAGGGAGUUUUUAAAGACAUUUCUUGCUUGGAUAAGUCAAUUUCAAUAUAAAUGACUGUCCGUUAUAACCCGCUCAUCAUUCAUUUCCACAAAAUAUGCCCCAGAACAAAUUUAAUUUCAGAUAGUUAUUCACAAAAGUGUUCCAUUGUAGAUGCAACAUCAUGUGUAUAUAGCGUAAUGUAAACUAGGCUGUAGCUGACUAAGCCUUACUAUCGUCCAGUCUCAGGAUCAACACAUAGUUGAGACAGGAAGGUAGUAACGAUGUAGUGAUUUAUCUGGCGGAAAUUAGAUUGGAUGGUGGAUAAAGUGACAGAAACACAUGGCAGUGUAUGAAAAGCAGGAAAACUUUGCCUUCAGUUUGUUCUUCAUAAAUUAAUUCCUUUUUAAUGCAUUUCAGUGUUGUACACAGGCUUAUGCUGUCAUGGCUGACAUGACCUAAUGCCUGUCACUCCAUGUUUCUGUUUGCCUGUGUAGCUGCUUUUAUGAUGUCGUUACUCAAACCCUUUUCUGUUUUUCAUUUGGUGCUUUUGUUGUUUUAUCCACCAUCUCUAAACAUACAGUAUGUUUCAAUAAGGUUCAGCUGCCUAUGACAUUAAUCGCUCCAACAGAUUGUAAAUAGCUCAUUCAAAGGUUUUGGUACUUUUUGGCAUAAAAAAUGUGGAAUUGUCCACAAUCAGUGAUCAAUCCUUUUAGGUGGUAAAUUUUUCCUUUUAAAGAAGAUUCCUUAACAUCACUAAAUGCACUGAAACACAUGUGUUAAAAAAUACAAUUAUUAGUGUAAAGUUAAGGAAAGAUUGGAUUUUUUCCACAGGAAUAUCAGUUGGUGAUAAUGUCAUAUUUUUUUUCUUAAUAAUUGGAACUAAAGUCAAAUUUAGAGCAAACAAAUCUCUCAUGUGCAUCUUGUCCGUUACAGUCUAUACAUACAUGUGUCUAUAAUUACCCUCCAUGUCAACUCAAAGUCUGCUGUUCCUCCCUCAAAUUGACUUGCAGGACGGUUCAUUAACUUUUGCCGAACUGUAUGUUACUUAGUAAUAUGAUGAUACAUGAUGAGCACAUUGCCAAGUCGUAUUUAGUGCGCGUGCUCCCUGUAAUCCAUUACUCCCUGUAAUCCAUUACUCCUUAUGAAAAAUGCCGAAUUUUGGGACAGAGUAAUAAAAUAAACCGCAUUACUGCAAAAACUGAAUGCAAAUCAAUUAUCUAUGCAAGGUCAUUUAGAAACUUUGGAAAAAUCUUGUAAUGGUGCAAAACAGCUGUCAUUUUACAGCAGAAUGUUAUUUAAAAUUACUACUCAAAGACUAUGUAGACAAAUGUCUAAUGUAAUACGACAUGUUCAACACUUUCGGGACCGCUGCACUCUGACACAUUGGAGUUACGUAAUGUUAUGAGACCUUUACAAUGUUUGUUAUUGUAACAUUCUCACAUUGAUCACCAUUGAUUGUAGUUGCAGUGAACAUUUCCACAUGAUAAUUAGCCUUGCUAUUUAAUUAAUGAUUGUCAGGAUGCAUGUAGAAGACUAGGCGUAUGUGAAAGUGUGGUUAGCAGUAGACCAUCCCAUAGGCUACUUCAAGCAUACUUUGGUUUUGAGGCAGAGAAUUUAGCAGAAGACUCGGGGUGUACAUAGAAGUUUAAAGGUCUUAAUAUAAUGUAUAGUAUGUCCCUUAAUUGUGUUUUAUCCAGCAUUAGCUAGCUAGACUCGACGCUUACACACAUGUAUAGUAAAUCAGGAAAAAAUGUAAUGAGACUUGGUAUUGAUAUUGCACAGUCACACUCACCACUGAAUGUCACUGACCAUUGUCUAACUUAGUUGCGACAUUUUGUGAAGUACCCUUCAACUUUCUACCCGUUUUCCUUGUCUAUAUAUUGGAAUGGUCAAUAGAGUAUUUUUUAUAAUACUUUUCUUUUGAUAUUUUUCUCAAUUUUUAUAAGUGAUUUUCCUAAAAACAAAUACCAGGAAUGAUUGGUACUUCCAUUUUGACUGUGUACCAGGGCCAUAUCAGCAAAGCCUCUCUGAAAAGCAGUGCUGGUGUAGGAUGGUCGCGGAGAUCUCUCGACUGUAUGAACGUACAGACUUCAGAGAGAAACCGUCCAAUAUCAGCACUUCCUUUUCUCAGACCUGAACUGAUUUUUCUUUUCUUUCUAGUACCAAGACCAAACUUGCAACAUUUGUGAAAACUUUGAUAAUGUUUUGAAAGUCAGUGCUUGUUAAGGAUUAUUACUUGUAGAUUGUGUUGUCUUAUUUUGUGUUUUCUGGUUUUCUUACCUAAUUUACUGUAUUACAUUGAUGUGGAAUGUAAAAUGUUGUGAUGUAGAAGAUAAUAAUUGGACUGGAUGCUAAAUAAACAGUGCUUAAAUUUA